AUGUCUGAUAAUUCUGAAAGAGAAAGUCAAAGCUCCCCAAGUCCCCAUACCUUCAGUGGGGAAGAGUUUGAGAAUGGUAGCCACAAUGAAGACUUGGGUACUGAUGGGGAAAGUACUGGGUUUGAACGUGUGAUGGAAGGGCUGAUAGUGGAGGGAAGUAGGGUUGGGGGAGAAGAGCAGUUAAGGAGUUCUGGGGGGGAAGCCUAUAGGGAAAUGCAAAGAAACUAUGUGACCCUAGAAGCUUGUGCAAACCGGGUGUUGGGGAUAACCCAGGCACCAAAGGCUAGUGCAAGUGGGCGAGCAGGGCCAUCAGGGUGUGGUAUUGUGGUAGUAGCAUCCGCCGAUGUGGGCAUUCCAAUAAGGGUUCCACUACCGAAGAAAAAUAUGAUGAGUCUGUAUGAUCUAGAGUCGCUGAAGGUAGAUUACGCUAUACCUGAGUGUGUGGGGCUGAGGUUGCCCAUACUUGCUGAAGCGGCAAGAUACCCUCCCGAGGGUUGCGUUAUGGUGUUCUCAGCCAUGUACAAACAUGGAUUGAGGUUAUCAUUGCAUCCUUGGGUGCAAAUGAUGCUUUCCAGAUUGGGCUAUGCCCCUGGGCAGUAUAAUCCCAACUUAUGGUGUAUACUGCACGAGGUGUACAUAGCAUGGUGGUUGGCAAAGCGAGGGGAGCCCUCCUUUGAGCAGUUCAUGCAUCUGUACUCAAUGUCCAGGCAACAGGGCAACUUUGGCUGGGUGCAGGUCAAAUGUCGAAACGCGAAGGAGAGAGGAUACUUUAUAGGGCAACCACCAUCGUUGCAGAAGACGUGGCGAAAUCGGUGGUUCUUUACCUUCGGUGAUUGGGAGUGCUGGCCUAGGACGAUUGUCAGCAAACAUGUGCCCACCCAAUUUCAAUUUAUAGGUUCUGUGAAGUGUAGGCCAGUGUCCAGGGAGGAAAAGGAAGAGAUAGAGCUGGUGAGGAGACAGGUGCCCCAGGAAGCGCGUGAGCUGAAGAAUAUUGUGACACCAGCUCUUCUUCUUCAAUCGAGGUUGCUUCAAGGAAUGGCUGAGGUGCCGAAGAAGGUGGUGACCGUGGCUGAGGAUUCACCGAAGAUAGUGGUGGAUCUGAAGGAGAGGCAACGAAACACAGCCGAGGGGACAGCAGCCCGGGCUGCUGAAAAGCAGAACAGUGCUGUCGCUAUUCGACCUAGAUCCCCCACCCAUGCUGCCGCCCGAGAUGGAGGAGCUAUUCCGUGCAGGUACCGAGGAUAUAUACUUUGCCUCGGUUCGACGGGAGGCGAAGGAGGUAACCCUGGCCAUGCAUCGCCAGGAAGUGCCUCUUGUCAACGCCUUCCUGACUGGGGGCGGAGAGAGGUAGACUUGGCGAGACGCCACUCUGAGACAGCUAAAGCCGUUAUUGCCGAGGCUCAGGUUGCCAUCCAGGAGAGGAAUGCGCUUCAGCUGAAGGUGGGGAGGUUAGAGCGGGAGCUAAAGGAGACAGCCCGGCGGCUAGAGGCGGUGGAGGAGGCUAGGCUCAAGUCUGAGAGGAGGAGGACCGAGGAGCUGAGCGUCGCUCGUGCCGAGGCUGUGGAGGAGUAUCAGGGCUCUGACAAGUUCAAGAGCCUUGUGCUGGACGCAAUGGUCGAGGAGCAAUAUGGUGGUGUUCCCCCUCCUAUUCCUUCCGGUCGAGAGUCACUGUUUGCAGCUACUCCGUCUGCCGAGGCCACGAGUCCUUCUGAGGCCGAGACAAGGGGAGGUGCCAAUGCUAGCGGAGGGGAGUCGACCGUGGAUCCUGACACAGCUGCCGUGGAGGAGGCGAACGACCAUGCUGAUGCCUGA